GAUAUGAGUGGUCGAAAGCAAGCCUGAAAGCUGUCGUCGCGGUGUUCUUUAACCCUCUGACUAAUUCGAUGGAAGCUUCGGAUCCAAAGCAUCUCCAAGCGCUCUAAAAGGAAACGCCCUUCCCGCUCACCUCCCCCCGUUCCAUUCCCUUGGACGCUUGUUCCAGCCAGGCCAGUGAACACCCCGCGAACUCGGCCAGCGCAUGCGGGCGUGCAAAUGGCCCCCGUCCGUGCACUCACGGACUAUAAGUUCCGAUCCAGGAUAUCAUUUCAUUCCUUUCUGCACAGAACCAUCUUCCAACACAGCCAGACGGUUGCACAUCGAUUGAGGCAUUUUUCGGCCGGCCACGUCGUCAAUGACUCAGCCUGUGCGCCACCUCCACAUCGUUCCCAAAGGGAUAUUACAUUCAACCCAUAUACUCGGAAUGACUGUAUAGCCAAAACGGAUAGUGCCGACGCCGCUUCUCGCUUGGUCUGCAUCGAACACCCAGCGAUAAACCCGUUAAUCACCGUGCGUGCGGCGUCCCGUCCAAGUGGCCGAGGAGGUUCUUCAUCUAUAUUCACUCAAAUCCCAAAGUCACGCUCGGCGAACCGAAUACCGCCAUUGACGUCGUUGGAAUCUGUGUUAUCUUAUCUCCAAUGUCCAUCUCACUUGUACUGUUACCUUACCCGCUGUUGCAGGUCGGUGUGCCUUCCCCGCUCGCACUUUGAGGUGCACAGUCAUCAAGGAGCAAAUAUCUCUGAUCAGCGUUUGUAUCCACAGAAUGAAUUAAUGGGGACACUCUCAAUCUAGGUCAACUGCCCCAUUAGUACUAUAGCCUGGGCCACCUGACGCUCAAUCUUCGGGUCGCCACCCGUGGUUUGAUUGGCGCUCAUGAAGUUGCCGUAACCUGAACCGAGAACGCGUGUCCCUCAGUCUCAUAGUCAAAUUGACCUUCGUCAAGUCUCUAGCCG